UCAUCCCAUUGAUCACGACUGAAGACUACCACUACACAAUGCUUAGGUUGAACAAGAAGGCAAAAGAAUGGAUUCAUUACAAUCCAAUGCGCAAAAGAACAAAUCCUGAAAAAAGCAAAGGCUACGAGAAUGCCAAAGAAGUGGUAGAAGCAGUGACAAUGUGGAUGCUUGAUGUGAAAAAGUUGCACAAGCAGAACAAGGAGAGGAGGCUAAAAUUUGUCAGAGUGGAAAAGAAGACAACAAUAUAUGAGGAAAUACAGAUUGAUGAAAAUGCAGAGAAAACAAUCGCUUGGAUAAACAAAACUGAUGUGGAUAACUUAAAGCUGGUUGAAGACAUGUAUUGUGCACAGCAACCUGAUAAUUCGUUGGACUGCGGACCUUAUAUCCUACACUAUAUAGAGAAUAUAGCAAAGAACAGGCUGCAGAUAAGCAAAGCAGAUAGAGGCGUUUUGGUUGACAAGGUUUUGGGAUUAGAAAGAGAAAUCAAAGAAAGCUUGAAGAACAUGAGAAGAACCAUGGUGGAGAGGUUUCUUAACCAUGACGAGGGCUGGUAUUCGAAAGUAGGUUACACUCAGUAAAAUGAUAGAUGAGGAUUAGGAUUUUUGUGGAUGUGGAUUUUUGUUUAUGA